AACCCAAAGCCAAACACACACAGGAACAGCCCCAGGCGAUAGCGAGCGGGAGAGGGCGCGCCCCCGCCGCGCGCGCGAGACGGACGGGAGCCGACGCGGCCAGGGACCCGCCGGGACAGCUCGCGCCGAUAGGAGCUCGCGGCGCCACCGCCGGCCCCCCAGCGUCGCCGCCGCGGAUCUCCCGAUCUGAGGAGCGGCGCGCCGAUUCCUCGCAAGGUUUUGCGCGCGGCGGCGCCGGAUAUGAGCGUGGAGAGCCCCGGAGGAGCCACGGGGAGCUAGGGUUUUCUCGACACCCCGCGCCGGGGCGCCCCCGCCACCCUCCCAGCUUUUCCAUGGGAGAUGGAGGAGUCGCGUGCGCCGUCCGUGCAGUGGAGGGCUUCCGUGCCAACGCCCUCGUGAGGAGAGCAGGGGGAGAAGCCAUGCCAGACAAGGAGGACAAGACGCACCAGCACCAGCACCAACAACACCACCGCCACCACAACAAGCAGCAGCCUGCUUCAGCCGCCGACCUGGAGGAAGGGGAGCUGCAGCUCAAUGGAGACACAAGGGACAUGGAGAGGACCAUGCCUCCCAAGAAGUGGCGCAAGCUGCUGCCCGCCUCCUCGCCAGCUCCAGAGCUGGAGCCAGGGGAGAUUGUCGCGCCGCCGCCGCCUUCAUCCAGGAAGGCAAGGAGGAACGGGGACCUCGACAAGCCGGAGGCCCCGCCCGCGAGGCACAGGAAAGAUACACCCGACAAGGUUACUCCGCUGGAAAAGAAACGGGACCGGGACCAUAGCAGGAGCUCGUCGGCGAAGAAAGGCUCUUCACGGGACUCGGAUGAGGAGCCAGGUGAGAUCAAGCCAGAGGCCAGCUGCAGUGGCAGUGCCAGGAAGAGCCAUGCUCAAGAGCCUGCGAGUAACCACCGCAAGCACCAACCCGAGACAUGCAAUCAAUCCGGGUCUAAAAGUCGCAGGAAGGGAGAACCAAAGACUUCUUCUUCUUCUGCCGGUAAGCAUUACUCUGCAAGAAAUCAUGACAUCUCGCCGCCAAUACGAGAUCGCCAUGAUAGGUUCGAGAGGAGCCCAGGCAUCUUGGGGCGCUUUCCUCAUGACCGCGCUCGCCACGACAGGAGCCCAGGCCGCUCGGAGCGCUCCCCGCGAGACCGUGGCCGCCACUAUGAUAACAGAGACCGCAGCCCAUACAUUUCACCACAACAUAGAGCACGCCAGCCCCAUCGCAGGGAUAGCACGCCAAUCCGCAUGGAUAAUUCACCUCGUGGGAGGACUCAGCAUGAGGACACCAGAGACCGAACACCGCUCCGCCGUGAUAGAUCACCAUCUGAACGUGCUCGGACAACUGACAGCCAUGAAACGAGCAAGAAGACCACUGACAGCAAUGAAUCGAGCAAGAAGAGCAGGCCCGCUAAGCUUGACAGCAACAACAACCUAGAAGAUGUUCAGCACAGAAAUAAAUCAACCAAGCAAUCAACUAAGAGUAAGGGUGGUAGCAACGGAAAGAGCGAGGAGAGGAUCUCCAAGGAAAAGGUAACCGAGAGCAUUCAACCCGCUGAGCUGCCGCCACCGCCUCCAUUGCCGCCACCACUACCGCCUCCUCCGCCUCCACCCCCACCUUUACCACCUACUAUGCCUCCUCCCUCACCCCCACCACCAGUACCCGAGCAGCUCAAUGUUGUUGUUGCUGAAGAUGUCUCAAUGGAAGAAGACAUGGAUAUCUGCGACACCCCACCUCACACCAGCCAAGCACCUCAACUCAGUACUGAACCCACCACUACUAUCAUGGGGAAGUGGUUUUACCUUGACCAGCUUGGUGUUGAGCAAGGACCUUCCAAGCUUUCUGACUUGAAGAAACUGGUGGAAGACGGAUAUCUUCUUUCCGAUCAUCUAAUAAAGCACGCCGACAGCAAUAGGUGGGUGACUGUUGAGAAUGCCGCUUCACCACUGGUUUCAUCAGAUUUCCCUUCAGUGUAUUUCGAUGUUUCAACCCAAAAGGUUAGCCCGCCAGGAGGUCGAGGAAAUCUGCUUGGCCAAGUUCGAGAAGAGGCAACUCUGUUGGCAUCAGGUGCUGAGGAUGAACAGGAGGAAGCUUCUGAAGAACACAUGGAAGAUCUCUACAUCGAGAAUAGGGUUGAGGCACUGAUGUGUGGAUCUGUUCUGGUCGAUGGACGUGAACUUGAGAUUCUUGGAGAGGCUUUGGAUGCACGUUUUGAGCCUGUUGACUGGGAAAGGAGUAGUCACCGUGAAGAUUUUCCGAGGUUCCAAGUGCAACCUGCAGGAGAUGAUGGAAUCAACAGAGGCAUUGGCUUCACUGACAACUGUGUCACAGACAUUUACGGUGUUGGUCCUGUUGAGAGGGAAAAGCUUUACCAUGAUGUUGAAUCUAGCGAGUGGUUUUCUGGUGGAUGGUCUUGCAAAGGUGGUGACUGGAAGAGGAAUGAUGAAUUCAGUCAAGACAAGCCUUAUAGGAAGAAGCUUGUCCUGAAUGAAGGAUAUUCUCUUUGUCAGAUGCCAAAAGGCAACCAUGAGGAUCCUCGCUGGCACUGCAAGGAUGACCUCUACUACCCUGUACCUGCUAAAAAGCUUGAUCUGCCAUUGUGGGCAUUCUCAUCAACAGAAGAGAAUACUGAUACUAUUGAUGACGCCAGUAAAAGUGCUGUUAUACCAGGAAGAUCAAGUCAGAGACAACCUCCUAAGGGAGUGAAAGGGAUGAUGCUUCCAGUUGUUAAGAUUAAUGCUCGUGUUGUUAAGGACCAAUCCUCUGUUGAACCAUGCAUAAAGUCUAGAGGAGCUGACCGGUCACUUUCAAGAUCUUCACGCUCUCACUCAAUUGGAACUGAUAGGAGUUCUGUCCAUGAAGGUUUGUCUCAUUCCAAGAGACACAAUGACUAUGAUUCACAUAGUCUGCACAAGUCCAAGUCUGUUCCAAACAUUCCAGAGGACCAUGUUUGCACUCUUGAAGAAUUGUCAGUCAAACUGGGUGAUUGGUACUACCUCGAUGGAACUGGACAUGAGCAUGGCCCAUUUUCUUACUCUGAGUUGCAAAAGUUAGUUAAAAAGGGCACUAUUCUGGAACGGAGCAGCGUGUUCCGAAAGAUUGAUAACACAUGGCUUCCAGUUGUCAAGGAUAUAAAAUUUGACUCUGCUGUUCGCAAUGGAGGGCCAGGAAGUGUUUCUACUUCUUCUCUUGUCGACCAGUCCAAUGUUGUUGUGAACCAUGGAGCUGGUAACUUCCAUGAGUUGCACCCCCAGUUUGUGGGUUAUACACGUGGUAAGCUGCAUGAAUUAGUCAUGAAAUAUUUCAAGAGCAGGGAGCUUACUUUAGCCAUAAACGAAGUCUUGGAUCCAUGGAUCGCAGCAAAGCAGCCCAAAAAGGAAAUAGAAACAUUCUUUUCUAACAAUUCAGCUUCAAGGAAAUUCUUUCCAGAAGAUGCUGGGUCCGCAAAAAGGGCAAGGCUGCUACCUAAUCAAAGUGAUGAAGAUAUUGAUAUAUAUGAGGACAUCCUUGCCAGUAAGAAGGAUGAUUGGUGUUUUGAAGACUUAUGUCCUGAGGGUGCUCUUGUUGAAGAGAACUCUGCUAAUUCUAUAGCAGAAACUGAAAGCUGGGGUUUACUGGAUGGUCAUGUGUUAGCAAGAAUCUUCCAUUUUCUUAGGGCGGACGUGAAAUCACUGAUUUCUUCUGCAGCUACCUGUAGGUUGUGGAACACUACUGCUAAGUAUUACAGGAACACAUGUAGAUUCGUCGAUUUGUCUUCUCUUGGCCUGCAGUGCACUGAUUCUGUGUUCCGUGAUAUUAUGGCUGGUUAUGAGAAGCAAAAUAUAAAAACACUUAUUUUAGUUGGGUGUUCAAAUCUGAGCCCCCUUGCCCUUGGCGAAUUGCUUGUGCAGCUUCCACACAUAUCUUAUGUGCACAUUCAAGGUUGCAGUCAGCUAGGGGAUAUGAAAAGCAGAUUUCAGCAUAUAAAAUGGAUUAGGAGCUCUUUGGAUCCUGAGGAGCCAGCCCAGAAAAUUAAAAGCCUGAAGCAAAUAGAUGAUGGAAACAAUUACCCAGCCGAAGUUGCGAGGAACUUGACCAGCCAGCUGGGUGGUUCUGAUGAGCUUGACGGCUAUUUUGCUGAUAUCUCAAAUAGAGAGAAUGCCAACCUUUCUUUUGGGCAAGGGUUUUAUAAACGAUCAAAAUGGCUUGAUGCUAGAAAGUCAUCUGCUGUUAUGUCAAAGGAUGCUCAACUAAGGCGUUUGAUGCAGAGGAAGGCAGAGAAUAGCUACCGGAAGAUGGAAGAGUUUGUCAUGAACAGAUUAAGGGAAAUAAUGAAGAGCAGCAGAUUUGAUUUCUUCAUUCCAAAGGUUGCGAAAAUUGAAGGUAGAUUGAAAAGUGGAUAUUAUGCUCGUCAUGGCUUUAGUUCUCUCAAGAAUGACAUCCGAUCUAUGUGUCGAGAUGCACUGAGCAGAUUUAAAGGCCGAAGUGAUUUGGGAGAUAUGAAGCAAAUUGUUCUGUCCUUCAUCAAGUUAGCAAAUAGACUGGGUAACCCACGGUUGAUUUCUGAGGGAGAUGGAGCAGCCGCCCAGAAGGAGAUUUCUGACACGAGCCAGUAUUCUUCAGACAAAAAACUAAAAAAGAAACAAAGUAAAACUACAGGGGAAAGAAGGGGAACAAAUUGGACUACUGCAUCUGCUGGUGCAGAUGCUUCAUCCCGUGCAUUUGACCGCGAAAUCAAAAGAAACCUCUCUAAAUUAAAGAAAAGAGAUGUUGAUUCUGGGAGUGAGACAUCUGAUGAUGAUGAUGGGUACUCUGAAGGUGAUGAAACUGAGAGUGAAACUACUGUUUCUGAUACAGAGAGUGACCUCGACUUAAAUUCUGCAGCAUGGGAUUUGAAGGUAAAUGGCAUGAAGUUGUUUGAAUCUGGUGACUCUGUCACGGAUGAUCGUGGAUGGGGUGCUCGCAUGACAAAAGCAAGCCUUGUCCCUCCUGUUACUAGGAAGUACGAAGUUAUUGAGAAGUACCUUAUUGUAGCAGACGAGGAGGAAGUACAACGGAAAAUGCGGGUUGCUUUGCCUGAUGACUACUCUGAGAAGCUGCUCUCACAGAAGAACGGUACUGAAAAUUUGGAGAUUCCAGAGGUUAAGGAUUAUCAACGUAGAAAAGCACCAGAUGAUGAAGUUCUUGAGCAAGAGGUAUAUGGCAUAGAUCCAUACACACAUAAUCUCCUGCAUGACAUUAUGCCUGCUGACGGCUGGUCUUCUGCUGACAAGAACACCUUUAUUGAGGAGCUUCUUCUGAAUACCUUGAAUAAGCAAGUUAGGGAUUUCACUGGUUCUCGAAAUACUCCUAUGGUUUACCCCCUUAAACCUGUCAUCGAAGAAAUCCAGAAGUCUGCAGACGAGAGUGGUGACAGACGAAAUGCAAAGAUGUGCUAUGGGAUGCUAAAGGCCAUGCGGAGCCGCCCUGAACAUAACUAUGUUGCUUAUAGAAAGGGUCUUGGAGUUGUCUGCAACAAAAAGGGCGGAUUUGGUGUUGAUGACUUUGUUAUUGAGUUCUUUGGGGAGGUUUACCCUUCUUGGAGAUGGUAUGAGAAGCAAGAUGGUAUUAAGCAUAUACAAAACAACAGCGAAGAUCAAGCUCCUGAGUUUUACAACAUUAUGCUAGAAAGGCCAAAGGGGGACCGUGAUGGAUAUGACCUUGUUUUUGUUGAUGCUAUGCACAAGGCUAACUACGCGAGCAGAAUCUGUCAUUCAUGUAACCCCAACUGUGAAGCAAAAGUGACAGCUGUAGAUGGUCAAUACCAGAUUGGAGUCUACACUGUUCGGCCGAUUGCAGAAGGCGAGGAAAUCACUUUUGAUUACAACUCUGUAACUGAGAGUAAGGAAGAGCAUGAGGCAUCGGUUUGCCUCUGUGGGAGUCAAGUAUGUCGGGGCAGCUAUUUAAAUUUUUCAGGGGAAGGAGCUUUUGAAAAGGUGUUAAUGGAAUUCCAUGGUGUGCUUGACCGACACAGUUUGCUACUACAGGCUUGCGAAGCAAACACUGUCUCCCAACAAGACUUAAUUGACUUGGGUAGAGCUGGUCUUGGUACAUGUUUGCUUGCUGGUUUGCCUGGAUGGCUUGUUGCCUACACGGCCCACCUGGUGCGGUUUAUAUUCUCCGAGAGGCAGAAACUUCCUAAUGAGAUCUUUAAGCACAACGUGGAAGAGAAGCGCCAGUUUUUUACAGAUAUAAACAUGGAUUCCGAGAGGAAUGAUGCCGAGGUUCAGGCUGAGGGUGUGUUAAAUUCAAGAUUGCAGAAUUUAACUCAUACACUUGACAAGGUAAGAUAUGUUAUGAGAUGUAUAUUCGGGGACGCCAAGAAUGCCCCUCCUCCUCUGGUGAGGCUUACUGGGAGAAGCCUAGUGUCAGCCAUUUGGAAAGGGGAAGGCUCAUUAGUUGAUGAGCUCCUUCAGUCAAUUGAACCUCAUGUCGAGGAAGAUGUACUCGCUGACCUCAAGGAGAAGAUUCGUGUUCAUGAUCCAUCUGAUUCUGAAGACAUCGAGGGAGACAUCCGAAAUUCUCUGUUAUGGUUGCGUGAUGAGUUGCGGUCUCUUUCAUGUACAUACAAGUGCCGUCAUGAUGCCGCCGCUGAUCUGAUUCACAUGUAUGCUUACACAAAGUGUUUUUUCAGAGUCCGAGACUACAAGACAGUAAAAUCUCCACCAGUUCAUAUUAGCCCCCUUGAUUUAGGUCCCAAAUAUGCUGAUAAACUGGGACCAGGCUUCCAGGAGUACAGCAAGACGUACCCGGAAAACUAUUGCUUAGCCCAGCUUAUCUAUUGGUAUAGCCAGAAUGCAGAGCCCGAAUCUAGACUGACUAGAGCUAGAAAGGGUUGCAUGUCAUUACCAGAUGUCUCCUCCUUCUAUGUAAAAUCUGUAAAGCCAACACAGGAGCGAGUCUAUGGCACCAGGACUGUGAGAUUCAUGCUAUCACGCAUGGAGAAACAGGCCCAACGUCCAUGGCCGAAGGAUCGGAUAUGGGUGUUCAAGAACGACCCGAAAUUCUUUGGCACUCCAAUGAUGGAUGGUGUGCUGAAUAAUAGUUCUCUUGAUAAGGAGAUGGUGCAUUGGCUCAAGACAAGAUCAAACGUUUUCCUAGGGUAGUCAAAAGGAUUGUAGGCAGAGGACACAGUUUUCCUCUUCGGAGAUUUUAGUCAACAACAUUCUUUUUUCUACUCACCUUACCUACCUGAUCAUGGGAGAUAGCUUUUAGAUGGCAGGGUAACAGUCUCAUCUUCAUCAACAUUUGUACAGUCACCUCUCCCUCCCUCCCUAGCUUGUAGAGAUGUAUUCCAUUAAUAACUGAUAGAUCAUAGUCAUCAUUGAUUUGAUGUAGCGCCUUUUCCCGUCGCGUAGAAUUGCUUUGCCUCUAUGGAAUGUACUUAUGUGUAAAUGCAGAACAGUUGCAAUCUUAAAUUCCGUAAUGUGUUACAGCCAGGCCGUGUUGUACUUC